AUAAUGUGUUGCUAAUUACUAAAAAGAAGACAUCAUUGUAUAUAGUUUAUUGCUGUUGUGAGACUCCAUAGAAAUCGAUCAAAAGGACUACUGCACUAGUACUUAAAUUUCUAUAUAGUGAGCAGCAACAAAAGUUGAGAUCCCUCUUCUCUCAACCAAGAAAAUUUCGAUUAUAAUGAAGAACAGAAUGGGAUUUAUUCUUCUCAAGAAAUUUAUCUUUCUUUUCCUUGUUGUUUCUGCUGCAGUUCUUUCGACAGCUUUUGCAGGGCGUUUGUCGAAAUCUGUAGUGUCCAAGGACAUGACUGAAGCUCUUGAUCAUCAGUCAUGGGAAGCGCCACGGCACGAUGGAAUGAGAAGGGAAAUCCAUGAAAGGCUUCUUAAAGUGAAGACAGACGACUAUGGAAAAUAUGAUCCUUCGCCUUCGUUCGUCAAGCCUCCCUUCAAGCUCAUUCCUAACUAACGCGCUCGCUUUAUUACAUAUAUAGAUACAUAUAAAUAUAUAUAUAUAUAUACAUACAUUAGCUACUUACAAUGGCCACUUCAUCAUGGCUUUAUAUAUAUGUGUGUAUAAUGUGUGAAUAAAAACAACCGCAGUAAUAUAUCCUCGUGAUGUAAAAGUUUUUGUAUCGUAGCAACUAGGAUGAAGGAAUUCUAUGUAUGUGUAAUGAACUAUGUUGCUUUGGUUACAUGUAAUGAAUAUAAUGUUCCUUCGAUACUAAGUUCUGAUUA